GUCGAUGGUCAGCGCGCUAUGCUGUGCACGCUAGCAUUGUGUUGGUGGGUGCGGAGCAGGAUAGGCAACACCAACACGCUGUCGACAUACUCCGCUAGCGGGGCGUUAGUGGCAGAGAGCCAGUGAAGCUGUCCGCUGUCAACCUCUCCCCUUUCCCAGCCAGUCAUGUGAUUGGUGCAAAUCAGGGUAGAAUGAGGUAGUGCUGAGCGUCGCUACAUCUAAAGAGUUAGGACGUGAGCGCCCGGUUCAUAGUGUGGCUCAGACUGUGUUUGACCGUGCACUGUAGCAUCGCUACCAAUGCCGCUUGCAAUUCAGGCAGCAGUCAGUGAAAGCCGCACAUCCAGUUUCAGUUUCGGUGCUGACCGUAAUCCCCAUCGCGUCGCUAACUGACGGACUCGAAGAGCGCUGGCAGUUCCGCCGUCACUGAGACCUAUUUGACUUGGCUUAGCAUCCUAGUUACCACACGGACAGACUGGAUGCGCUCGUUCCUUGUGGAGGGGCUCGCACAUUGGAGUUAGUUUCUUGCAGACCAGCGUCUGAACGGGCUUGAAGAGAAGUGCCGAGGAAUGAUUCUGGGCAGGAUCCAGACCACAAAGACAGUGUUCCUUAUUCCCCUAGAGUAGCUGGAACAGAAAAACCAGUGCUUUACUUGUGGAGUCGCUGAGGACGCAGAACUGGUGGAGGAGGAGGUGAGGAAGGAGACACAGCAAGCAUGGCAGCGGGGAAGCUGCUUUGGCUGUCGUCAGCACUGGCAUUCAGUGGCUUGCUACCAGCGCUCGUCUCUACUCAGGCGACCACGGCCAACACAUGCGACAGCUCGGCGUUAACAUUCGAUAAAGUAUCGCAGGAGGUACUGCAGCACUUGCCACCCAGUGGAGAUGUCUUCCAGAGUGGUCCACCAGAUAUCGCCUACAACUGUAUCGCGUAUGGACGCAACCCCAGUCGGAUAAAGGAAGCCGUUAUCACAGGAACGAUGGGCUUGGGUUAUGAAGUAGUAACGCUACACUAUCGCUGCCAUGAAGCAACUGGCAAAGUGAAUGUUGUCCGAGUGCCAACAUUCCUCCCUAGCCUACACAACGCCACUGUGGACUGUGCUGCGUGUAAUCCACUGGCGGCGGACAUGUGUGAAGCGUGCGACCCGAGUUGUUUGGAUGGCACGUGUUUCUCGUCGGGAAAAAGUGGAUGUUGCAAUUACAUGCAAGAUGGCCAGUGCAUUGCAGAGUGUAGUGGCAACAGAGUUGGAGACAACAGCACCAAGCUAUGCAGCUGUGCACCCAACUGGUCGGGUCUGAACUGUGACGAAUGCACACUUCAAUGUGAGAACAAUGGAGUGCGCAAUGCCAGCUGUUCAGCUUGCAGUUGUCCAGAAAACUAUGGCGGAGUGCAGUGCGAGAUUGCGCUGCCCUGUGCCACACAACCGUGUCAGAACAGUGCAGCAUGUGUGAACAAUAAUGACAGCACCACCACUGCCACCGCCGCCGCGGCAGGUCCAGCACUGGAGACUGGUGGCGGACUACCAGACUUUGCACUGUCAGCGCCGUACACAUGCAUAUGCCAGGAGGGGUACACGGGCGAGCGGUGCCAGACGGAAAUGGACGUGUGCGACUCAUCACCGUGCGGUAACAGUGGUGCGUGUCGUAGUCAACGCGGCGACACCGCAGGGCUCCACAGCUUCGUCUGCGAGUGCACAGAGGGUUUCGUCGGGCCGCUGUGCGAUGUAGAGCUGCCUCAUCCGUGUGAAGAUCCGGCCGUGAAGGUGUGCGCGAAUAGUGCCGGAUGCAUAGCGACGACUGGCCGUGCGUACGUCUGUAACUGCACCGAGGGAUUCCAUGGACAGCAAUGUGAGCAGGGACCGUGUGAGGACAGCCCUCAAGCGUGCAAGAAUGGUGGUGCAUGCCAUAACCUUCCAUUUGGUGAAUUGACAUGUGAUUGCUUGGAAUCCUUCACCGGCCCUGGCUGUGAGUUUGAUAUGGCAGAUCCCUGCUUCACUGCACCGUGUCUCUACGACGGGACAUGUACAUCCACGGGACAAAACUACAGCUGUGGUUGUCCACCAAACUUCUCAGGCAAGAACUGUGAAGUCGGGCCAUGCGAGGUGAAUAACUCACCUUGCUUCAACGGGGGUCAGUGUCAGAACAAUGGAACGACUACUAGUGGUAUGGACUGUGAAUGCGUGGAGGGUUUCUCCGGUCCGCUGUGCGAAUUCGAUUUGGCCGAUCCGUGUAGUAGCUCUCCGCCCGUAUGUGAGCCGCAUGCCACGUGCCGCGUUCAGGCGGACACCGGCACACCGGUGUGCGAUUGUCCAGAGGGCUUCUCCGGCACGCGCUGCGAGAACGGGCCGUGCCAGUCUCAGGCGGUGCCGUGUGAACAUGGCGGAACCUGCGUCAACAACGCUAACAGCACUCUGUUCUGUGAGUGUCUGGAGGGCUACGGCGGAGAGAAGUGUGAGUUCGUACCCGGUCACCCGUGCCUGACGUUCCCCUGCGUCAACUCAUCGUGCCAAGCCGGCACGGCCAUGGAGUAUAGCUGUGAGUGUCCGCCCGGGUUCGAGGGUAAACACUGCGAUGUCGGUCCGUGCCAGAAACUCCCAGCACCGUGCCAGCACAACGCUACGUGCGUGAACCAACCAGCCGGUGAGAUCGAGUGUGUCUGUCUCGAGGGCUUUGCAGGUCAAACUUGCCAGUUUGAUUUGUCCGACCCGUGCCAUUCGUCGCCAUGCCCUGGCAAUGACUCCACGUGUGAGAUGCUGAGUGGGGAGCAAUAUCGCUGUCUUUGCCCUGCCGACGUGCAGCACCCGGAGUGUUAUGUAGCCCCAUGCGAGGCCAAUCCCGAUGCCUGUCUGAACGGAGCGUCGUGCGUGGAUGGCCCGAUGGACGAGGUGGAGUGCGUCUGCUUAGACGGCUACGUUGGUCAUGAUUGCGGCAUGCAUAUGGACGACCCGUGCAGCUCUUCACCGUGCCCGCAGAAUGCCUCGUGCGUAUGGGACACUGGUGUUGACUUCAGAUGCCACUGCCCUGAGAACGACACAAGCAGCGAGCUUUGCUAUCAGGAACCGUGCGAGAAGUACCCACAGGCAUGCCAGAACGGCGCGUCGUGCGUGAAUGGUCCCGCUGAAGAGGUGAUCUGCAUCUGCCUGGAGGGAUACAGUGGCGCAGACUGCUCGUUUGACAUUGCUGACCCAUGCCUGAACUCGACCUGUCCAGACAAUUCCACGUGUGAAUGGAUCCAAGGCGAGCAACACCGCUGUCACUGUCCACCCGGAGAUGUUGACCCGUUGUGCUAUACACGACCGUGUGUGAAAUUCCCUGACGCAUGUCGUAACGGAGCGGAGUGCGUCGACGGACCUCAAGACGAGGUAGUUUGCCUCUGCUUGGACGGAUUCAGCGGUGCAGACUGCUCAUUCGACGUCAACGAUCCGUGCCUCUCUGCACCAUGUCCCACGAACUCUACUUGUGCAUGGCAGAAAGCUGAUCUGUACCAGUGCAUGUGCCCGCCGAACUCUACCGACCCGGCAUGCUAUAAACCGCCGUGUGUUAGAUAUCCGGACGCGUGUCGUAACGGGGCCGAAUGCGUUAACACUCCAGAUGAGGGUAUUGCGUGCGUCUGCCUGGACGGCUUUAGCGGCGUUGACUGCUCUUGGGACCUGAACGAUGCGUGCACGCUAGCACCCUGCCCGACGAACGCGACGUGCGUUGCUAUCGGUCACAACGAGACCGAGUGCCAUUGCCCGCCGGAGGUGCGCGAUCCGCUCUGCUACGUUCCUCCGUGCGUGUCCAACCCGCCGCCGUGCCAGAACGGAGGCGAGUGCGUAACCGUCGACAACAUGGCGUUCUGCGGCUGCCUGGACGGUUACCACGGUGAUCUGUGUCAGCACGCGGUGGGUGAUCCGUGUUACAGUUCACCAUGCCCGUUGGAUGCGACGUGCAUACAGGACAUAGCAAUGCCCGAUCAGUACCGCUGUAUAUGCCCGGAAGGCAGUAAAGAUCCGGACUGCUACAAGCCACCCUGUGAGGCCAACCCGGGAAUUUGCCAGAAUGGUGCUCGCUGCGAGAACGGGGCAAACGCAACGGAUUUCACGUGCGUCUGCUUGGACGGCUAUCAGGGAGAUUUGUGCGACAUGUACGUGAGAAAUCCGUGUCAGAGCGGGCCCUGUCCACCGCAUGCAUCCUGCGUGGGCAACAUGACAUCCUACCUGUGUCUGUGUCCACCAGACCUGGUCGAUCCCACCUGCUACAAUGUACCGUGUGUUGAGAACCCCGCUGUCUGUCGCCACGGCGGGAAAUGCGGAGAGGUUCCGUCCGGUCGCACGGCGUGUAUCUGUCUAGACGGCUGGACGGGACUGCACUGUCAACAUAACGUGGUGUCACCACCGAUUCUUUCACCAUGUAUUGACUCCGACCCAUGCCAGAAUGGUGGCAUCUGCCGGCCAGGCACGAACGCCACGCUGGGAAUGGUAUGCGAGUGUCCGCCAGAAUUCUCUGGUGUGACGUGCGAGCUCAUCGCCCCACCACAGCACCAAGAUCUGUGCUUGACUGACCCGCAAACCUGCCACCCCACCGGCGACUGUAGAAAUAUCCUGGCUAACAACUCCCAUGCGUGCGAUUGUCUCGAGGGCUUCUACGGAUCAAGCUGUGAGGUGAUCACGCUGGCAACUGGCGGAACUGGAACGCAGGAUGCGUGUCUCCCUAACCCGUGCUGGGGCGAUGGACAGUGCAUACCACAAGCCAACGGCGGAUAUCGCUGUGAAUGUCCACCGGGGUGGAGCGGCCCACACUGUGAAAACGGUGGAUCGUGUGCCGACCCGAACGCCUGUCGUAACGGUGGAGAGUGUAUCAGUGAUGGUGUUAACUACAUUUGUGAUUGUGUACCCGGUUACAGUGGCGACCGAUGUGAGGUGGUCGUCCUCGGCGACGGGGCAGUGCGUGCGGGAUUCAAUCCCUGCGCCCAGAAUCCCUGCCAUGGCAACGCGACGUGUCGUUCCCACGGUUACGGAUUUGAAUGUGAGUGCCCGACCGGCAUGUCCGGGGGGCUGUGCAGUGCCAAGGGUGAUGCACCGUGUCGUGUGAAUCCGUGCUACAAUGAUGGGCGAUGCAUUCCGGACUUGGCCAAUCGCUAUGUCUGUGAGUGCGUACCUGGGUAUACCGGUGAGACGUGUGAUGUCAUUCUGCCGGGUCACUAUCCACAUAACUGGCCUACGCUCCUCUCCGCGGGCGGAGGCGCCAACCCAGAGCUGCCACAGCCGUCACCUGGUCCUGGCAUCGAUGCCGGGCUGAAUCCCCCGGUACAGUACGGCCCGGGUCCACAUUUGCCCCAGGGACCUGGUGUACAAAUACCCUAUGAUAUGCCCGGUCCCCGUAACGGUGCUCGACCUCCAUCUGAUCCGCUUUCGCCGGCCUUGCCAGAUACCGGGCGAGGCGGUGGGCUGACAGUUCAGUCACCGUGCACGCCAACGAACAGACCCUGCGGCAACAGUGGCAAGUGUGUGGAUCAGGGUAUUGGAUAUACGUGUGACUGCCCAAUCACUUUCAGUGGAUCACAGUGUCUCGGUGGCACUGGCGGUCAAUGCGGUGGACGCGCAUGUCUCAACGGUGGCAAGUGCAUCUACAGUCAUCUGAACGGCGGUCAUCAAUGCAGCUGUCCACGUGGCCUGGGAGGUGCAGGCUGCGAGAUCAACAUCGUAAUGAACGGACAUGCUGUAACUUCUGCAAAUCCGUGUGAUCGAUCGCCGUGCAACGGAGGCGUGUGUUCACCUGUGGUGGGUGGCUAUAUCUGCCAGUGUGUGGCGCCAUUCUCCGGUUCACGCUGCGAGAACCAUCAGCCUCCGCAUGGCCCUACAAACAACGCGCAGUUCGGUGUACCACCGGCUGCAACCAAUCCUGACCUGCCUCCCAACUCACCAGCCGUGCCAGGAGAUCCAAACCCGGCAGUUCCCGCACCGUCUAAUCCCAACAGCAUCAACAACAUGCCCCACAAUGGUGAGCCGUUGACUGGGAAACCCACCGGUGGUGGUCUAAACCCGUCGCCCAUCUUCAAACCUCCGUUUGGACCUGAAGACAAGAUCCGUCCGCCGGUCCAGCUGCGCCCGGAUCCCCUGGGCAACCCAGCACCCCUGUACACCCCGGACUAUCCCCGGAUGGGCAUUUACGCGGGUAGCGCCCCGGGUGGAGCAGGAGCAGGCCUGGACGGUUCUCGCACUGGCAACAUACCCGGCUUUGGCCAGCAGGGCCCAGGAGCAGUGGCAGGUGGAGGUGGUGCCGGAGUACCGUUGCAAGGUGGAGGCAUGCCUGGUUUCGCAGGUGGCGACGCCGCUCAAAACAAUCCGGGACGGUCGGGCGCCAACGGGCCAAACAACCCGCCUCCGGGCACGCCCCAGACCGGUCAGAAUGUUGGAGGUCGUGGCAGUCAGGUACCAGUGGCGGGUGGAGUGUCUGGCGGGCCGGGUGGUGGCAUUCCCGGGCAGACUGGUGGACGUGACGGUGCAGGCACUCAGCAAGUGUACCCGGACAAUGUACCCGGGGGUCGUGUCAGACCUGGCAUAGGCGGUGGUGUUCCCACGAACAUUGGCGUUGUUAACCCCCCUGCUGGUGGUGGUCCUGCUGCUAAUCAACAACCGGCUCAGGGAGGUGGACCAGGUGAUGUUAUGAACACACCACCAAAUGCCCAGCCAGCAGCUGGCCAAGGCAAUGCAGGUACCCCUCCCAAUGGUAUUGCAGCAGCACCGGUCCCUAAUGGGCAGGGAAACCCCGGCCAGGUUGCCCCGGGCAAUACACCGGGAGGUCCCGGUAAUCUACCUCCACCCGGUACCGGUGUACCCGAUCCGGUCCAGUAUCCCCCGGGACCGGGCACGAUUGGGCAGGGCAACCCCGGUCAGGGCGCCCCGGGCAAUACACCGGGUGGUCCAGGUAGUCAAUCUCCACCUGGUACCGGUGUACCCGAUCCGGUCCAAUAUCCCCCGGGACCGGGCACGAUUGGGCAGGGCAACCCCGGUCAGGGCGCCCCAGGCAAUACACCGGGAGGUCCAGGUAGUCUACCUCCACCUGGUACCGGUGUACCCGAUCCAGUCCAAUAUCACCCGGGAACCGGCAUGGUUGGUGGGAAGAAUGGCGUCGUUGGACAGCCGAAUCACAGAGCUGGCAACAAGGAUGGCUUCACCAGUCCUGGCUCACCAAUACCACCCGCCGUGGGUGGUGGUUUGGCAAACGGUAACCCAGCAGCAGGCGGAGUUUCACCCAAUCCUGGCGCUCUUCCUCCUCCCCCUCCGCAGCAAGGUACAGGCCAGGGUGCUGGCGGAGUUGAUGGCAGCGUUGGUGGUGGAGGUGCCCCUCCAGGUGGUGGCGGAGGGCAGCCAGGCGGCUUUGCAGACGGUGGUGGUGGUCCCGGCGUACCGAAUAAUCAAAUUGCCGGUACUCCGGGAGUUGGCGGAGGUCAUCCUCAGCAAGACGGAAGCCGUGGCACCGUCGGGCAGCAACCACCGAUGGACAUGCUACCUCCAUUGAUCCACAUGCCCUCUGGGGGCAGCUCUAAACCAGUGGGUUUGGACAGUGGUGGCUUACUAUCAGCAGGACAUCCUGGUGGUCAAACUGCAGCUGGUGGUGAAGGACGGGCAGUGGACAUUCUUGCCGGUGGUGGACAGCCGGUGGCUGGAGCGCCGUCUCAUGGCGGGGUUGGUGACGGAGUACCUGCUGCUGCUGCUGCAGCUGCUGCCAAUGGUCCUGGUCUUACUCCGCCCAGUGCUGGAAACCCACCGGCCGGCCAAAGCGGUCGGGAUGGUGGAACACAGGCACAACGUCCGGCUGGAAGUGCUCCCGCCAACCCUGAUGGUGCCGCUGCCGGAGGGAGUAGCGCACCCGAGUUCAGCAAGCAGGUCCCACCCGGUCCAGGGGUACAACAACCCAGCACUGGUAGCAAUCCAAUAUUCACCGGACCCAGAGACAAUGGGGGUAAACCCGGGGUGCGCGUUUCCAACGGCAUCGGUGUUGGAUCCCCGGCAGGAGUACCUGGCAAUGGCAAACCACAAGGAAACAACUUAGUGGCAGGAAAAGCAAUUGCUGGAGCACCGACUGAAGCACGCCAAAACUCACCUGGACAGCCCUCCGGAGGAGUUUCCGUUCCUGAUCCUGCCCUCGGAGCAAGUGCUGGUAUUCCGGGUGGCAGCACACCUACGACUGUCAAGUCACCAUUGUCUGGAGGCGGUGCUGCUGCUGCUGCUGCUGCAGCCUCGCCGAAUGAUCUACGCAACGUCGUCAGCGACGUCGGAACCGCGGGCGGUCAGAUUGGCCAAGCUGCUGGUUUGGCGAGCUCUGGAGGCCCUACGGGAUCCAAUAGUCAACGGUUUGCUGCUGGUGGUGGCGGUAUUGCUGGACAGCCUUCCUUUACCGGUACGCCAACCAACAAUGCCGGCAAAUCAUUAGAUGCUGCUGUGCCCGGUCAACCCAAUCCUGCCAUAGGCGCUGGUAACGGCCAGACAAAUCUUCCCCAGGGUUCUCCUGGAGCGGGUAAUAACAAUGUCCCCAUCUCUCCAGGUACGGGAAUACCACAGCAAUCUGCUGGAGGUAGAGCUGGCGCUGCAGGGGAUUUCCCCAGUCCCGGAGGUCAAGGGCCUGGCCAGUCAGCACUAUCAGGUGUACAGGAUGCUCUUCCCUUACUCAAUGCUGCUCCGGACUUUGGUGGUGGUAUUGGUGGCGGAGCACUGUUUCCCUCACCGGGUCAACCUCCUGUUGAUAACCGACAGCCGGCUGGUUUUAUGCCAGGUAUGGACGGCAAUUUCCCAGCGCAGAACAUGCCGGGUGCGGGCAUUGCCGCAGCAUCUCCUGAUAUUGCUGCAGGAAAUGGUGGAGGUGCUGGUGGUAGUCCUGCUGGUGCAGCUGGCAUUGGUGGUGCUACUGCUGGUGGUGCCGGUGCUGGUGCUGCUGCUGGUGCUGCUGGGGCUGGUGCUGCUGCUGCUGCUGCUGGGGCUGGCACUUCUGGCAUUGCUGGUGCUGGUGCUGGAGGCGCUGCUGGUGGUGCUGCUGGUGGUGCUGCUGGUGCUGCUGGCGGUGCUGGUGGUGCUGGUGCUGCUGCUGGCGGUGCUGCUGGUGCUGCUGGUGCUGCUGCUGGUGCAGGUGGUGCUGCUGGUGGUUCUGCUGGCGGUACUGCUGGUGCUGCUGGCGGUGCUGCUGGUGCUGCUGGCGGUGCUGCUGGUGCUGGUGCUGCUGGCGGUGCUGCUGGUGCUGGUGCUGGCGGUGCUGCUGCUGGUGCUGGUGCAGGUGGUCCUGCUGGUGGUUCUGCUGGCGGUGCUGCUGGUGCUGCUGCUGGUGGUGGUGGUGGUGCUGGCGGUGCUGCUGGUGCUGCUGGUGCUGAUGCUGGCGGUGCUGCCGAUAGCAAUGCUGGAGCUUCAUCUGCUGACCGAGCUGGUUCUUCAUCCAGCGAUACCAGCAAUGGUGAAUCUAAUGACUGCCGCUUUGACCCGUGUCAAAAUGGAGGACUUUGCAAGGCUGACAGUGACGACGAUGACAUCACAUUCAAAUGCCAUUGCUACGGUAGCUGGCAAGGUGCAACAUGUACCGACUGCCCAUCUCCGUUUGUCAUCGACGGUCAACAGUGCUCGCAGUCGUGUUCACUGCCAGGAUAUCGACCGGUCGGAGCACUGCCGGCGGUCUGCUAUGCAUGCGGCAUAGCUAACUGUGCAAGUUGCCGAAGUGGCAGAUGCAAACGAUGCAGACGUGGAACGUACCUCAACCAUAACAGAUGUACCGCACCCAUCCGAGCAUCGAUGAGUGACACAACGCAAGCAAAGCAACGUGGCUUCUCCGCGGCCCUGCAGCGUAUGGAUGAGGAGGAUAUGGGCAACGUUAGCCAGCGCCGUGACACAAGAAUCAUCAACACCAUUAUGCCAGGUAUUAUGGUAAGCUUGGCCACCAUUGCCUGCCUGGCACUGGUCAUUGCCCUGGUAUCGUUCCGUUACCAGCGCCGGCGGAGAUUGCUGGCCGCGGUCUCCCGGCGCUACCGUUCCGGGGCCAUACCGCGCCAGGACUUCAAUGACCUCAGCUCCAAUCAUCCGUCACGCACGUCAUCGCCUGCAGGUGAUGUGAUACGUAACUCCGACAUACUGGAUGAGGAUGAUGACUGCGAUGAUGACGUUGAAGAUGGUGAUAUCAGUCAAGGAGCAAGCACGAUCCUCGGCGACACAACGCCACGCCGCGGACGCACGCCACUAGUACACUCGCCACCUGCGCCUCCACCACCGCCACCGCCACCACUACCUGAAACGUGGACGGAUGAAUGUUGAUCUAGUCUCCUGCACGGAAAUGAAUGACCGCUCACAAUACAAUGGCAACAAACAAUAGCACCCCGCCAACAACUAUUAUUAUUAUUUCAUCUGGCAAGACUUGCGUUGGUCGAGUGUGAACUUACAGGACCUAGUCAUUGUCAAUGCAGGAUAUUCUAAUUAUUAUCGUGAAAUUUUGUAACCAAAGCCCAUGAGGAUAUCCAUAAGCACCUUGCUCUUGACCAAACUACAACUUGCUCCUGUACUACUGAACGAGUUGCAGGCGUUUGCACACAUGUUGUCCUGUGAAGACCUGUACAUGUACGCUAAUAUAAAUUAUUGUGUGUAUGGCCAUUCUGCACAGAAACCAUAAUUAUGAUAACUUACUAUGCCACCAUAUCAUCA